AUGUUUAAAAAGGUAUAUGUAAUAGAUUGCAAAGGUCAUUUGUUAGGGAGAUUAGCUUCCAUAAUAGCAAAAGAAUUAUUAAAAGGACAGAGAGUAGUAGCAGUUCGAUGUGAAGAAAUAAAUAUAUCAGGUAGUUUAUAUAGAAAUAAAUUGAAGUAUUCAAAAUUUUUGAGAUUAAGAACAAACACUAAUCCAAGAAAAGGACCUUUUCAUUUAAGAGAACCAUCAAAAAUUUUAUGGAGAUGUGUUAGAGGAAUGUUACCACAUAAAACAUUUAAAGGAAAAAUUGCAUUAAAAAAAUUAAAAGUUUUUGUUGGUGUACCAUAUCCUUAUGAUAAAAUGAAAAAAUAUGUUUUACCAAGUGCAUUAAGAGCAUUUAGAUUAAAAAAAAAUAGACGAUAUUGUAGAUUAGGAACAUUGAGUUCAAGAGUGGGAUGGAAUUAUGAUGAUUUAGUUAAAAAAAAUGAAGCAUUAAGAAAAAAGGUAUCAAAAACAUUUUAUAAAAAAAAAGUUAAUAGCUUGAAUGAAAAAAAAGAAUUAAAAACAAAAGCAUUAAGUUUAAUUAACCCAGAACAACGUCAAGUAUUAGAAAAUUUUGGUUAUGCAUAA